AUGACAGCAUCGGACACAGAACCACACUAUUUUUUCCUCAGACUUCCCAGAAUCUUCUCGUCUGCCCAGGCUGCUGCUUUGGCUGUGUGUCAGUGUUUGGCUGUGGAGUCCACUCACCCUUCAAGCCCAGGUUUUGAAGACUGCAGCUCCAGUGAGGCCACAACACCAGUCUCCGUGCAGCACAUUCGCCCUGCCAGGAUGAAGAAGCGUAAACAGUCACCAGUUCCAGCUCUGCCUAUUGUGGUACAGCUCAUGGAAAUGGGAUUUCCUAGAAGAAACAUAGAGUUUGCUCUGAAGUCACUCACUGGUGCUUCUGGGAAUGCGGCUAGUCUGCCGGGUGUGGAGGCCUUGGUUGGGUGGCUACUUGACCACUCUGAUGUCCAGGUUACAGAUCUCUCGGAUGCAGAAACAGUGUCUGAUGAGUAUUCAGAUGAGGAGGUGGUAGAGGAUGUGGAUGAUGCAGCCUACUCUGUGGCUACUGGUGCUGUUGUAACAGAGAGUCAGACUUACAAAAAACGAGCGGAUUUCUUGAGUAAUGAUGAUUAUGCUGUGUAUGUGAGAGAGAAUAUUCAGGUGGGGAUGAUGGUUAGAUGCUGUCGAACAUAUGAAGAAGUGUGUGAAGGCGAUGUGGGCAAAGUCAUCAAACUAGAUCGAGAUGGAUUACAUGACCUCAAUGUACAGUGUGAUUGGCAGCAGAAGGGGGGUACUUACUGGGUUCGGUAUAUUCAUGUGGAACUUAUAGGCUAUCCUCCACCAAGUUCUUCUUCUCACAUCAAGAUUGGUGAUAAAGUACGGGUGAAAGCCUCUGUUACCACACCAAAAUAUAAAUGGGGAUCUGUGACUCAUCAAAGUGUGGGAAUUGUGAAAGCUUUCAGUGCCAAUGGGAAAGAUAUCAUUGUAGACUUCCCUCAGCAAUCUCACUGGACCGGGUUAUUGUCAGAAAUGGAAUUGGUGCCUAGUAUUCAUCCUGGGGUUACUUGUGAUGGUUGUCAAAUGUUCCCUAUCAAUGGAUCGAGAUUCAAAAUGCAGAAUGAUGAUGACUAUGAUUUUUGUAUGACAUGUUUCAAGACCAGAAGAAAACACAACACCAGGCAUACCUUCUUUGGCAGAAUAAAUGAACCAGGACAGUCUGCAGUAUUUUGUGGCCGUUCUGGAAAACAGCUGAAGCGUUGUCAUAGCAGUCAGCCUGGGAUGCUGCUAGACAGCUGGUCCCGCAUGGUGAAGAGUCUGAAUGUGUCAUCUUCAGUGAACCAGGCUUCUCGUCUGAUUGAUGGCAGUGAGCCCUGCUGGCAAUCAUCUGGGUCACAAGGAAAGCAUUGGAUUCGUUUGGAGAUUUUCCCAGAUGUUCUUGUUCAUAGAUUGAAAAUGAUAGUAGAUCCUGCUGACAGUAGCUACAUGCCUUCCCUGGUUGUAGUGUCAGGUAAUGAAAUUCUAAACAACCUAAUUGAACUAAAGACAAUCAAUAUCAACCCCACUGACACUACAGUACCCCUUCUGAAUGACUGCACAGAGUAUCACAGGUACAUUGAAAUUGCAAUAAAGCAGUGCAGAAGCUCAGGAAUUGAUUGUAAGAUCCAUGGCCUCGUUCUCCUGGGUCGGAUCAGGGCAGAGGAGGAAGAUCUGGCUGCAGUUCCUUUCCUGGCUUCAGAUAAUGAAGAAGAGGAAGAUGACAAGGGCAGCAGUGGAAGCCUUAUUAGAAAGAAGACUGCAGGGCUAGAAUCAGCAGCUACAAUCAGAACCAAAGUGUUCGUGUGGGGCCUGAAUGAUAAGGACCAGCUGGGUGGGCUCAAAGGCUCUAAGAUAAAGGUCCCUUCAUUCUCUGAGACUCUGUCUGCUUUGAAUGUGGUACAGGUGGCUGGUGGUUCUAAAAGUUUGUUUGCAGUGACUGUGGAAGGAAAGGUGUAUGCUUGUGGAGAAGCCACGAAUGGCCGGCUGGGGCUGGGCAUGUCUAGUGGGACAGUCCCCAUCCCACGGCAGAUCACUGCCCUCAGCAGCUAUGUGGUCAAGAAGGUGGCAGUUCACUCAGGUGGACGGCAUGCUACGGCCUUAACUGUGGAUGGGAAAGUGUUUUCAUGGGGUGAAGGUGAUGAUGGAAAGCUUGGACACUUCAGCAGAAUGAACUGUGACAAGCCAAGGCUGAUAGAGGCCCUGAAAACCAAGCGCAUCCGGGACAUUGCUUGUGGGAGCUCACACAGUGCAGCCCUCACAUCGAGCGGGGAACUGUACACAUGGGGCCUUGGAGAGUAUGGCCGGUUGGGACAUGGGGAUAAUACGACUCAGUUGAAGCCCAAAAUGGUAAAAGUCCUUCUUGGCCACAGAGUAAUCCAGGUUGCGUGUGGAAGCAGAGAUGCACAGACAUUGGCUCUGACUGAUGAAGGUUUGGUAUUUUCCUGGGGUGAUGGUGACUUUGGAAAAUUGGGCCGGGGAGGAAGUGAAGGCUGUAACAUUCCUCAGAACAUUGAGAGAUUAAAUGGCCAGGGAGUAUGCCAGAUCGAGUGUGGAGCUCAGUUCUCUUUGGCACUUACCAAGUCAGGAGUGGUGUGGACAUGGGGAAAAGGAGAUUACUUCAGGCUGGGCCAUGGCUCUGAUGUGCAUGUGCGGAAGCCACAAGUGGUGGAAGGGCUGAGGGGGAAGAAGAUCGUGCAUGUGGCUGUUGGGGCUCUACAUUGCCUGGCAGUCACAGACUCAGGGCAGGUAUAUGCUUGGGGUGAUAAUGACCAUGGCCAGCAGGGCAAUGGCACAACCACAGUAAACAGAAAGCCCACUCUUGUACAAGGGUUGGAAGGCCAGAAGAUCACACGGGUGGCUUGCGGGUCAUCGCACAGUGUGGCCUGGACGACAGUGGAUGUGGCCACACCUUCCGUCCAUGAGCCCGUCCUCUUCCAGACUGCGAGAGACCCUUUGGGUGCCUCUUAUUUAGGUGUGCCUUCAGAUGGUGAUUCUUCUGCUACCAGUAACAAAAUUAGUGGUUUAAAUAAUUCUAAGCCAAAUCGCCCUUCUCUUGCAAAGAUUCUUCUGUCAUUGGAUGGAAAUCUGGCCAAACAGCAGGCCUUAUCACAUAUCCUGACAGCACUGCAAAUCAUGUAUGCCAGAGAUGCAGUGGUCGGCCUGAUGCCAGCUGGCAUGCUCGCCCCGGUGGAGUGCCCUUCAUUCUCCUCCUCAGCACCUGCUUCUGAUGCAUCUGCCAUGGGCAGUCCCAUGAAUGGAGAGGAAGGCAUGCUGGCUGCUGAUACUGAGGAUAGACUGAGUCCAAAUCCAUGGCAAGAGAAGAGAGAGAUUGUCUCCUCCGAGGAUGCUGUGACCCCCUCUGCAGUGACCCCGUCUGCACCAUCAGCCUCCUCUCGGCCAUUUAUCCCAGUGACAGAUGACCCAGGAGCUGCCAGCAUCAUUGCAGAAACCAUGACUAAAACCAAAGAGGAUGUUGAAAGCCAACAUAAAGCAUCAGGCCCAGAGCCUCAGUCCUUGGAUGAGUUUACUAGUCUGCUGAUCACAGAUGACACCCGUGUGGUAGUGGACUUGCUUAAGCUGUCAGUAUGCAACCGGGCUGGAGACAGGGGCCGGGACGUACUCUCAGCUGUGCUGUCUGGCAUGGGCACUGCCUAUCCCCAGGUGGCAGAUAUGUUGUUGGAGCUGUGUGUUACUGAGUUGGAAGAUGUAGCCACAGACUCGCAGAGCGGCCGUCUUUCCUCGCAGCCUGUAGUGGUGGAGAGCAGCCAUCCCUACACGGACGAUACUUCUACCAGUGGCACGGUGAAGAUACCAGGUGCAGAAGGACUCAGGGUGGAAUUUGACAGGCAGUGCUCCACAGAGAGGCGCCAUGAUCCUCUCACAGUCAUGGAUGGUGUCAACAGGAUUAUAUCUGUACGGUCAGGCCGAGAAUGGUCUGACUGGUCCAGUGAGCUGCGCAUCCCUGGGGAUGAGCUGAAGUGGAAGUUCAUCAGUGACGGAUCUGUGAAUGGUUGGGGCUGGCGCUUUACAGUCUAUCCCAUCAUGCCAGCUGCAGGCCCUAAGGACUUACUCUCCGAUCGCUGUGUCCUCUCUUGUCCAUCAAUGGAUUUGGUGACGUGUCUCCUUGAUUUCCGACUCAAUCUCACCUCCAACAGAAGCAUUGUCCCUCGCCUUGCAGCCUCUCUGGCUGCAUGUGCACAGCUGAGUGCCUUAGCUGCCAGCCACAGAAUGUGGGCUCUUCAGAGACUGAGGAGGCUGCUCACCACGGAAUUUGGGCAGUCAAUUAACAUAAACAGGCUACUGGGAGAAAAUGAGGGGGAAACGAGAGCUUUGAGUUUUACAGGUAGUGCUCUUGCUGCUUUGGUGAAAGGUCUUCCAGAAGCUUUGCAAAGGCAAUUUGAGUAUGAAGAUCCUAUUGUGAGAGGUGGCAAACAGCUGCUUCACAGCCCUUUCUUUAAGGUACUAGUAGCUCUUGCUUGUGACCUGGAACUCGACACUCUCCCUUGCUGUGCUGAGACGCACAAGUGGGCUUGGUUCCGACGGUACUGCAUGGCUUCCCGUGUUGCUGUGGCUCUGGACAAAAGAACACCAUUACCCCGUCUGUUUCUUGAUGAGGUGGCUAAGAAAAUUCGUGAAUUAAUGGCAGACAGCGAAAAUAUGGAUGUUCUCCAUGAGAGCCAUGACAUUUUUAAGAGAGAGCAAGAUGAACAACUUGUGCAGUGGAUGAACAGGCGACCAGAUGAUUGGACUCUUUCUGCUGGUGGCAGCGGAACCAUUUAUGGAUGGGGGCAUAAUCACAGGGGGCAGCUUGGGGGUAUUGAAGGUGCAAAAGUUAAAGUUCCUACUCCAUGUGAAGCUCUUGCAACUCUCAGACCAGUGCAGUUAAUUGGAGGAGAACAGACACUUUUUGCUGUGACUGCCGAUGGGAAGCUGUAUGCCACUGGCUAUGGUGCUGGUGGCAGACUAGGGAUUGGUGGGACAGAGUCAGUAUCUACCCCAACUUUGCUGGAGUCCAUUCAGCAUGUAUUCAUUAAGAAGGUGGCUGUGAACUCAGGAGGAAAACACUGCCUUGCCCUCUCUUCAGAAGGAGAAGUUUAUUCUUGGGGUGAGGCAGAAGAUGGGAAAUUGGGGCAUGGCAACAGAAGUCCAUGUGACCGUCCUCGUGUCAUUGAGUCUCUGAGAGGAAUCGAGGUGGUUGAUGUUGCUGCUGGUGGUGCCCACAGUGCAUGUGUCACAGCAGCUGGAGACCUCUACACAUGGGGCAAAGGCCGGUAUGGCCGCCUGGGGCACAGUGACAGUGAGGACCAGUUAAAGCCAAAGCUGGUGGAAGUUCUGCAGGGCCACCGUGUAGUAGACAUUGCCUGUGGCAGUGGUGAUGCCCAGACUCUCUGCCUCACUGAUGACGACACUGUCUGGUCCUGGGGGGACGGGGACUAUGGCAAGCUUGGCAGAGGAGGCAGUGAUGGCUGCAAAGUGCCCAUGAAGAUUGAUUCUCUCACUGGCCUUGGAGUAGUUAAAGUAGAGUGUGGAUCUCAGUUUUCUGUUGCCCUUACCAAAUCUGGAGCUGUUUAUACAUGGGGCAAAGGUGACUAUCACAGGCUGGGCCAUGGAUCUGAUGACCAUGUUCGGAGACCUCGGCAGGUCCAAGGGCUGCAGGGGAAGAAAGUCAUUGCCAUUGCCACUGGCUCCUUGCAUUGUGUAUGCUGCACAGAGGAUGGUGAAGUUUAUACAUGGGGUGACAAUGAUGAGGGACAACUAGGAGAUGGAACAACAAAUGCCAUUCAAAGGCCUCGGUUAGUAGCUGCCCUUCAGGGUAAGAAGGUCAACCGUGUGGCCUGUGGCUCAGCACACACCCUUGCCUGGUCGACCAGCAAGCCAGCUAGUGCUGGCAAGCUUCCUGCACAGGUCCCCAUGGAGUACAAUCAUUUGCAGGAGAUCCCAAUAAUCGCCCUGAGGAACCGACUUCUGCUGCUGCAUCAUAUCUCAGAGCUCUUCUGCCCCUGCAUCCCCAUGUUUGACUUGGAGGGCUCUCUGGACGAAACUGGGCUUGGGCCUUCUGUUGGGUUUGACACACUACGAGGGAUCCUGAUAUCCCAGGGAAAGGAGGCAGCUUUCCGAAAAGUAGUGCAAGCAACUAUGGUGCGAGAUCGUCAACAUGGUCCUGUUGUGGAGCUGAACCGGAUUCAGGUCAAGCGCUCCAGGAGUAAAGGCGGGUUAGCGGGCCCUGAUGGCACUAAGUCUGUCUUUGGACAGAUGUGUGCUAAGAUGAGCUCCUUUAGUCCUGACAGCCUCCUCCUCCCUCACCGUGUGUGGAAAGUCAAGUUUGUAGGUGAAUCUGUUGAUGACUGUGGGGGUGGCUACAGCGAAUCCAUAGCUGAGAUCUGUGAAGAGCUGCAGAACGGACUCACUCCCCUUCUGAUCGUGACACCCAAUGGGAGAGAUGAGUCUGGGGCUAACAGAGACUGCUACCUGUUGAACCCAGCUGCCAGGGCACCUGUGCACUGCAGCAUGUUCCGCUUCUUAGGAGUGUUACUGGGCAUUGCCAUUCGAACUGGGAGUCCCUUGAGCCUUAACCUGGCUGAGCCUGUGUGGAAGCAGUUGGCUGGGAUGAGCCUCACCAUUGCAGACCUCAGUGAGGUUGAUAAAGACUUUAUUCCUGGGCUCAUGUAUAUCCGUGACAAUGAAGCCACCUCAGAGGAGUUUGAGGCCAUGAGCUUGCCCUUUACAGUGCCAAGUGCUAGUGGCCAGGACAUCCAGCUGAGCUCCAAACACACACACAUCACCCUGGACAACCGUGCAGAGUAUGUCCGACUGGCAAUAAGUUACAGACUCCAUGAAUUUGAUGAGCAGGUGGCUGCUGUUCGGGAAGGGAUGGCCCGAGUAGUGCCUGUCCCCCUUCUUUCUCUGUUCACUGGAUAUGAACUGGAGACGAUGGUAUGUGGCAGCCCAGAUAUCCCACUGCAUCUUCUGAAGUCGGUGGCAACCUAUAAAGGAAUCGAACCCUCUGCCUCCUUAAUCCAGUGGUUCUGGGAGGUGAUGGAGUCUUUCUCCAACACAGAGCGCUCCCUCUUCCUUCGCUUUGUGUGGGGCCGGACAAGAUUACCCAGGACCAUUGCUGAUUUCCGGGGUAGAGACUUUGUCAUCCAGGUGCUGGACAAAUACAACCCUCCUGACCACUUCCUUCCUGAAUCCUACACUUGUUUCUUUUUGCUGAAGUUGCCCAGGUAUUCCUGUAAACAGGUGCUUGAGGAGAAGCUGAAAUAUGCCAUCCACUUUUGCAAAUCCAUAGACACAGAUGAUUAUGCUCGCAUAGCCCUUACAGGAGAACCAGCUGCUGAUGACAGCAGUGAUGACUCGGAUAACGAGGAUGCAGAUUCAUUUGCUUCAGAUUCUACACAAGAUUAUCUAACAGGACACUAAGAUGGAGAAAUGGCAUCAGGAAGCAAGAAGAGGCUGAGCAAACAGAUGGAGUGCUGCUGUUUAGAUUGCAGAAUGUCUAGUGUGUUUGAUGAGGAAUAUCAGUCCUUGAAAUAUGUGGGAGGGAGGUGGAGAGACUGACCACUCAUGAUUGGAUUGGGAGGGAUGACAGCAGGAAAAUCAACCUGUGCACAUUUAACACUAUGUAGACACUUGACCUUCAUUUUUGAGACUUGAAAGGGUCUUUCUUAACCUGUAAUGCUGCAUUACAUAUAGGACUCUGUGUUUACUAAAGUGUGUAAAGUUUAUAUAAAUACUGAAUUGCAGCAUUCCAAAAAUGAAGAAAGCCUUUUUACUUGUGGGUGCAAUCGAUUUUUUUCCCCUUUUUCUUUUUUUCCCUUACAAGUGUCGUGCAUUAUCUUGAUUGUAUAUUGAAAAUACUGUGUAACAAUUAAAUUGUAUUAUUAAUAGUUCAACUAAUUUUAUUCUGAAUUUGUUUAUUAAAAGCUUUUUGAACAUUAAAUGAUAAGUAUUACUUGAAUGCACCAGGAGGUUAGUUAAACCAAAUGAAAAGCAAAAAGGCCAUUUGGUUCUUCCCCUUUUCACCAGGGGUUCCACUUUAGCAUAUGCAUUAUGUAAUUUGAGUUGAGGCCUUUCUGUGAACAGUAUCAUAAUUUCUAUCAUGGAAAGUAUACUAUAUAUGUUUGUGUCAUAUAUAUAUGCUGAAAUUUUAAUUCCCUAUAAAUAAAAAUCUGCCACAAAACUGUAGGCUGAGCUUUCUUAACCAGUUAGUGUAGCACACAUGGAUAUGCUGCACCCAAAAAAUAACUAGUCUUUGAUGCAUCAAUAGUUAAGUCAUUACAGUCUUAGACUUUUUUUGGUUAAAAAACCAAACUCAUUGAUAAAGGAGUGAUAUUAGUAUGAUGGGACAGCUGGUGUCCAUCAUACUAUAGAGGGAGCGAGGGGCCCAGGAGCCUUCAGGAUCCCCUCCUUUGGCUUCCUCCCAAGCCCCAACCAUUUCCACA